AUGAUGAACAGGAUUAGGCGGCCCUUCCCAAUCUCUCGCCAGGAUACAGAUUCCGUGCAGCUGAACACUUUAGAGCCUCAAAAGCCUGCAGAUGGCCUUGACAGAAAGGGUGCCGAAGCUGGCAUUGAGGCUGAUGUGACCGACAUUGAACACGGUCACCUUCAGGAGAUUGAGGUAGAUGUUGACAAAGUGUUGCAUGAUGGAGAGAUAAAAGAUGUGGACGCUGAUACGUCGCCGUACCCUGAAGUUCGUGCCGUGGUUCCGGAGACAGAUGACCCAAGCAUGCCAUUGAACACUCUCAGGAUGUGGAUUAACAUCAAGGAACAUGCUCUCAUCACCAUCAUGUCCAACGUAACGAUAGGCUUCGCUUCGGGUUCUGACGCUUCCAACAUGAUACAAGCUGCAAAGAAGUUUUAUGACUUUGAUCUGUCUGCUGGACUGGCUGUACUCAUGGUCAUGUGUACCCAACUUCUCGGAUUCGGUGUUGCUGGUCUUGGAUCUCGUUGGGUCGUGGAACCUGCUUCAAUUAUCUGGCCCGGUAUUUUGGGCAACUGCGCCUUGCUCUCCACUCUGCACUCAAAGUCGAACGCUAUUGCCAAUGGCUGGAAGAUCUCUCGCCUUCGGUUCUUCUUCCUUGCCCUGCUUAUCGCAUUCGUGUGGUACUGGUUCCCAGGUCUAAUCAUGCCUGCCUUGAGCUACUUUACUUGGGUUUGCUGGAUCGCACCAAACAACGCUGUGGUCAAUCAGAUCUUUGGGAUGCAAACAGGGCUAGGAAUUUUUCCAGUUACUUUCGACUGGUCGCAGGUCGCCUAUAAUACCAAUCCGCUCCUGAGUCCUUUGAGUGCGGCACUUAAUGUCCUAGCCGGCUUUGUAUUCUUCUUCUUAAUCAUAACGCCAGGAUUGUACUACACCAACAAGUGGUACACUGGCUAUCUGCCAAUGAUGACUGCGGACGUGUACGAUAACACUGGCGCCAACUACAAUGUUACCAGGAUCAUCAACCCUCUAACCAAAAGCCUUGAUCCUGAAGCCUAUCGCGCAUAUUCGCCUCCUUUUCUCAGUGCAACAUUCGCUUUCGUAUAUGGAUUGUCAUUCGCCUCCAUCACUGCGGUAUUGACACAUACCUAUCUCUGGCAUGGAACAGAAAUCUGGACAGCCCUUCGCGGAACCAGGAAGCUCGAUAUUCAUGGACGUCUGAUGAAAGCUUACAAGCCAACUCCUUGGUAUUGGUAUCUCAUCGUUCUAGUGAUUUUCACAGCUUUAUCAUGUGUCAUGGUCGAGGUUUAUCACACCGAUCUUCCCAUUUAUGGUGUUGCGUUGGCUCUUGUAAUUCCUGCCAUCUACUUCAUUCCUUGCGCUCUGAUUCAAGGUAUUUCGAACGUCGACGCCAAUCAGAUCAACGUCUUGUCCGAGUUCAUCGGCGGUUACAUGUUUGCGGGUAAACCUCUUGCCAACAUGAUCUUUAAGAUUUUAUCAACCGCGGUCGUCAAUCAAGGCAUCUUCUUCGUGCAGGAUAUGAAGCUCGGGCAUUACCUCAAGCUAAAUCCCCGGACCGUGUUCUUUGCCCAAGGCUUCGCCGCUAUCCUGGGUGCUUUGACCCAAACAGGCGUAACUCUCUGGAUGCUCGGCAACAUUCCGGACAUCUGCUCUUCUUCGCAGAGCUCUUCAUUCACCUGUCCCAACGGAAGAACAGUGUUUUCUUCCUCCGUGAUCUGGGGUUUGAUCGGACCAGAUCGUUUAUACAGUGUAGGAAAACGGUACUCGCCCCUCUUGCACUUUUUCUGGAUUGGUGCUCUAACGCCUGUGAUUACUUGGUACGCGUACAAGAAAACAGGAAAGAAGAUCUUCAAGGACAUCAACUGGCCAUUGUUCUUCGUUGGUACUUAUAAUGUACCCCCCGCAACAGAAACAACUUCUUUGCCUGGUGGACAAAGUACAAUUNACGUCCUCGCAGCUGCCGUCGAUACAGGAACAGCUGUGGCAGGUAUCGUCAUCUUCUUCGCAGUCAGCUACCCAGGCUACUCGAUGCCGGAUUGGUGGGGCACCACAGUAUUUGCCAAUACGCUUGACGCGGUGNGGGUCUCAAAUCUUGCGUUGCCGGCAAGUGGUUUCUUCGGUCCUGCCAAUGGUACUUGGACUUGA